AUGGCACACUCCGUCGCCAGCUCGGAUUCUGGCAAUUCUAGCGACUCGGGCGCCAGCAGCAUUCACAGCGAGCGCAAAGAAGUAAACCAAAAUGGAUCUAGGAAGCGCCGCAGACUCUCACCCACUGGAUCAGAAGACUCGGACUCUGAACCGGAAGUAGCACAACAGAAAAUUGCUCCUAUGGCUACUGCAUCUCGCAUUCAACCAUCUAUGUCUCGUAUCAAGGCCAAACCAACAUCAACACCUACAACAAACGACUCUGUCUCUUCAACCAUCGCAGCAGCUCAAAAAGGAAACGAGAAAUCGACUUUUGCAGAUUUGAAUGUUUCUCCUUGGCUGGUGUCUUCGCUUGCCAAUAUGGCUAUUAAGAAUCCUACUCGCAUUCAAUCAGCCGCCAUUCCCGAAAUCCUCGCCGGACGCGACUGUAUCGGUGGCAGCAGAACAGGUUCGGGAAAGACCGUUGCCUUUGCCGUACCUAUCCUUCAACAAUGGGCCAAAGACNCCUUUGGCAUUUUCGGCUUGGUGCUCACACCAACCCGCGAACUCGCCCUGCAGAUUUUCGAACAGUUCAAAGCGAUCGGCGCAAUCCAAAACUUGAAAGUGUGUUUGGUGACUGGAGGUGCGGAUAUGAGAGCCCAAGCUAUCGAGUUGGCANAGAGGCCUCAUGUUGUUAUUGCCACGCCUGGAAGACUUGCAGAUCAUAUCAACAGUAGUGGAGAGGAAAGCAUUGUGGGAUUACGCAGAGUCAGGUUUGUGGUUUUGGAUGAGGCGGAUAGGUUGUUGGCUGCAGGGAAGGGAAGCAUGUUGCCUGAUUUGGGGGUUUGUAUGGAGGUGUUGCCGGAGUCGGGGAAGAGGCAGACUUGUCUGUUUACUGCGACUGUGACGGCCGAGGUUAGAGCGUUGCAGGAUAGACCUAGACCUAAGGGCAAACCUCCUGUGGCUGUUUGUGAGUACCUCCACGUCCUCCUCCUCACAGAAACCAACGUCAAAAAACCAACAAUCAUCUUCGUAAACCGCACUUCAACAGCAAACCUCCUCGAACACUUACUCCGCAGCCUCUCUCACCGCGUAACCUCCUUACACUCCGGCCUUGCCCAAUCAGACCGCACCAACAACCUCGCCCGUUUCCGCGCCAACGCCGCUCGUAUCUUAGUGUGUACAGACAUUGCAGCCAGAGGUCUGGAUAUCCCUUCUGUGGAACUAGUUGUAAACUACGAUUUACCGAGGGAUCCGGAUGAUUAUGUGCAUAGGGUUGGUAGAACGGCGAGAGCGGGGAGACAAGGUACGUCUGUGAGUUUGGUGGGGCAGAGGGAUGUGNGGUUGGUACAGGCGAUUGAGGAGCGCGUGGGUAGGCAGAUGGAGGAGUAUGUUGAGGAAGGUGUGAAUGUGGAAAGUAGGGUUGUGAGGGAUGCGCUUAAUGUUGUGGGUGAUAAGAAGAGAGAAGCUUUGCUGGCUAUUGAGGAAGGAAGGGAUGUCAAGGGCAAGAGAAGGAAGGGUGCUAGGGUGUUGCGAAGGGCGUAUAGACUCUCCAAAAUCCGUCUAUACUCAUCAGAUAUCAAGCCGUACAUGAAGCAACAAUUGUGA